UUUUUUUUUAAUUCUUUCGUUGGUGUUAACUACCUCAACAUGCACAGCUAGCUUCGCUCGAAUAUCAUAACUCACACGGAGCUUAGGAUAAAGAAAAAAAUGGAUUACUUUUCUCCGCUCAUUCAUGUGGUUUUCGUUUCGUCCAUAUUCAAAAGAUUAUAGCAGCUUCUUUCCAAUGACCUCUAUAAGAGAUGGAUAAAGUCUUACCAAAUGAGACGUUGUCGCAUAUUCUAGGUUACCUGAAAACAGAUCAAAAUACUCUUUUCCAAUUAGGUCAAACUUGCAAGAAGUUUUGCGACUUGACUUCUCCUCUUCUAUACAGAGCGCCUAAAUUUGAUACACUCGAUCAGUUUGAAAAGUUCACAAAUGCGCUGACGGAUAUGAAUAGUUCUUAUGUACGGCAUAUUGAUCUGCAUAUGGUGCCUCAUCGCUGGAAUUCCAGCUUAAUAAAUCCUUUACUUUACUCAAUGGCCUUGAAAACUACCGAAUUAGAAUCACUGAAUCUGGAUUUAUGCUCUCAACUUACUAACAAAGCUCUAGCAAGAAUAACGGAACGACUGCACGACUUGAGAUUAUUAUCAUUAGAUCAAUGUGAACUGAUCGGCGAUGAAGCUGUUUGUGCUUUGGCGGCAAACUGUCCCUAUAUCCAAGAUUUGUAUUUAGGCUCUACGCAAAUUACAGACAAUGCAUUGUACUUGCUAUCCGCGCAAUUUAUCCUUCUGACACACUUGCAUGUCCCUUAUUGUGAAAGAAUAACGGAAGCAGGUGUCAACAAAUUGAUCAGUGAGUGCAAGACGUUAAAAUAUCUUAAUAUCAGAGAUUGCUAUAAUGUAGUAGGAGUAGAUAUGCUACCGCAGUCCACUGAUAGACGAACGUCUAUGUUAGCGGCUGGUACGUUGAACGAUGAAGAAGACGACGAUGAGUGGACUGACUUGGACGAUGAGGAAGAAAUGUAGAUAUUUCAUGCGUAAAAAUCUCCGUCUGGCCUGAUCUGCCUUUUAUUCUUAAACACUUU